GCUCAGGAGUAGAAGCAUUUACUUACUUAACACUGAAUUAUUAUUAUUUUUUUUUUAUUUAAGAAAAACAAAGCCUAGGUAUACCGAAUAGACUUCACUAAAGAAGAGGAAAGAAUCAGAUUAGAUAGUCUUAAAACUUUUUUCUUACGUGACUAUUUUUUUUAAAACAAGCUAACCGGAACAAAGGACUCCGCGCUUCGAGGAGCAGUUGGACGAACAACAGUUUUUCAAACCAGCUUAAACUUCUGUGUUGUCUUCCGUUGUGACUUUGAUGUUUUUGGAUUUAACAUUUCUACCCCGCCGUACUACUAUGGUCAUAAUGGAGGUUCCCACCAUCGACUGCGCGUCCCUCCGUACUUUGCUGGAGGGCGAAGUCCCGGGCUGCCUGGUGUUAGACUGCCGCUCUUUUCUAUCCUUCAACUCCUCUCACAUUUCGGGCUCCACCAACGUGCGCUUCAGCACCAUAGUGCGCAGGAGAGCCAGGGGUGGUCUGGGACUUGAACACAUCGUCCCCAACGAGGAUACCAGGAACCGGCUCUUGUCCGGGGAGUACCAGUCCGUGGUACUGCUCGACGAUCGCAGUUUGGACUUAAGCCAAAUAAAGAAGGACGGGACAAUGAUGCUUGCAGUUACGGCCUUGUGUCGUCACCCCUGUGGUGCCAGCGUUUUUAUCCUGAAAGGUGGAUUUGACACAUUUUCUACAGAGUAUCCAGAAAUGUGUACCAAACCUUCCCCUCCACAGGGGCUUAGUUUGCCUCUAAGCUGCAGCCAUCCUGACAGUGCAGGCACAAAUGGUAGUCCUUGCAAUACACCGCUAUAUGACCAGGGGGGUCCUGUGGAGAUCUUGCCUUUCCUGUAUCUUGGUAGUGCUUACCAUGCCUCUAGAAAAGACAUGCUGGACAUGCUUGGCAUCACUGCUCUAAUCAAUGUGUCUGCCAACUGCCCCAACCACUUUGAGGACUCCUUCCUCUACAAGAGCAUCCCUGUCGAGGACAACCACAAAGCUGAUAUCAGCUCGUUUUUCAACGAGGCAAUCGAGUUUAUCGACUCAGUGAAAAACAAAGGAGGCCGUGUGUUUGUUCACUGUCAAGCCGGCAUCUCCCGCUCCGCCACCAUUUGCCUCGCCUACCUCAUGCGGACCAACCGCGUGAAGCUAGAUGAGGCCUUUGAGUUUGUCAAGCAGCGCCGCAGCAUCAUUUCCCCCAACUUCAGCUUCAUGGGUCAGCUCCUGCAGUUUGAGUCCCAAGUCCUUGCCUCGUCAACGUGCUCCUCAGAGGCGGGCAGUCCAGCUAUUGGCAGCAGCAGCACAGUAUUUAAUUUCCCCGUCUCCAUCCCUGUACACACCUCCGCCAGCCAACUCUCAUUCCUCCACAGUCCCAUCACCACAUCUCCCAGCUGCUGAAGAAGGGGUUGCCAGCGGAGACUUUGUUUAGACUUGAACUGUAACUCACUUGUGACUUUGCUCAGAGCACUUCACAAAACAUGGUUCUGAUUAUUUUCCAUUUAUGGUGAUGCUGGUAUCACCUUAAAAAAAUGGGGCACUUAUUGUGUUGGGGUCGGAUCAUUUGGCUUUGUGAUCUGCUGGUCAAAUCUCUGUAGCCUGGCUUCAUCAUUUCAAAGGGAUGUUUGUGAACCACCAUCAGUCAGUAUUGAUGUUUAACCUCCGAAAUGUGAAAAUUAUCCACACUUUUAGUCCUGAAUUACUUGGGAAACAACUGAUCAGAUAGUUGUGCUUAGUCUUAUGUUGGAAAUCCUUUUAUUCUUUAUUCAAAGAACUGAUUUUUUUUUCCCAUUAAGGCAACUGCUUCCGAUAAUCAUAAUCAUUAAGAGAGAGAGGGCUAUAACAGUUGUCUCAGGAAUUUUGAUUUAUCCUCUCAUAUGUUCAUUUGCUUUCAAUACUGGUCAAAGAAAGCAAUAUUAAUCUACUCCCCAGCAUGGCAUGGAAGUCUCUCCUUACUUUGAACAAUGAAUGUAUCCCCUUCUUUCUUGGAGCAGAUGUGCAGGAACUCAUGUUUAGAUUUAGAGUUGCAUAGGUGGCUAUUUCAAAUGCAUGUACUUGCCUUAUGAGACAUCCUGGAGCCAUGACGAUCCUGACAUACUGGGGAAGCUGACCGUGAAAUACCUCAUGUAUGUGUACUGUGUGCUACAGAACCCCAUAAACUACUAAAAUGGGGCCACAUAGUCCUCUGACUGCAUUCUGACAUAUUUAUUAAUGAAAGUAAUAUAUUUCUUUAUUAUAUCUAUUUUUGCAAGUGUUUCUUUGAAUGUUUUUAUACAAAUGAAUAAAUCUCAUUUGCCUUUUUUUUAA